AAACAGAAACAGCUGUUGGACGGGCAGUACCUGAACACAUGUGGUAGCAAGGAGGGAAUAGUUUGUUGCGUUGCUCAUACCAUUACUCCAAGAUGGGGAAGUUAAGGGUAUCAAUGUUACGUUACCUUACUACAGAGGACUUUAGAGUGCUGACCGCGAUUGAAAUGGGUAUGAAGAACCAUGAACUUGUGCCCAGUCCACUUGUAGCUCAGAUAGCUAACAUACGGUCAGGUGGAGUUCACAAAAAGCUACAAGAGCUAUGUAAACAUCGAUUGUGUUCAUAUGAACGUGGAAAGCACUAUGUGUGAAAACAAAGAGCCCGCCAGCUGCGAUUGUUUAUAUAACUGUAGUGACAAUCCCGGCAGCCUCCAUGCGCAAGAUGAUGGCUACCGACUGACCAACAUGGGUUAUGACUAUUUGGCCCUCAAGGUUCUUUCUUCACGAGAUGUUUUGGGUGGUGUUGGAAGUCAGAUUGGUGUAGGCAAAGAAUCUGAUAUUUAUGUGGUGAAUGACAUCUUAGGAAAUCCACUUUGUAUGAAACUUCACAGGCUUGGUCGAACAUCAUUUAGAAAAUUAAAGGAGAAGCGGGAUUACCAUAAUAACAGACGCCGGAUUUCUUGGUUGUAUCUGUCAAGAUUAUCGGCAACAAAGGAAUAUGCCUAUAUGAAGGCUCUCCAUGACAGGGGUUUUCCUGUACCUCGACCAGUUGACUCUUCCAGACACUGUGUCAUCAUGGAACUUGUUAAUGGUUAUCCUUUGUGCAAUAUUCAUGAUGUUAAAGAUGUACCGCAGUUGUACAGUGACCUCAUGGAUCUGAUCGUAAAGUUUGCCAAUCAUGGAGUUAUACAUGGUGACUUCAAUGAAUUUAACGUGAUGCUUGAUGAUGCUGAUAAGCCAGUGGUCAUCGACUUUCCUCAGAUGGUAUCAACAACUCAUGAGAAUGCCAAGAUGUAUUUUGAGAGAGAUGUUAAGUGUGUGCAGGAGUUCUUCAAGCGGAGGUUUGGCUAUGAGAGCGAAUUGUGUCCAGAGUUUGAACGAGAUAUUCAGAGAGAAUACAGUCUUGACAAAGAAAUUGCUGCCAGCGGGUACCUGAAAGAUGUUCAGGCAUUCAAUCAAGAACUCAAAGAUGAACGAGAUGCUCAAGAUUCUGAGGACAGCGAUAGCACAUGUAGUGAUGAACAAGAAGCAGCAGUUACUAAUGAAGAGACUAUUAGGGAAAUGAAACUCCAGACAGAAACAUUGUGUGAAAAUCUCAAGGAAGAAACCAAUAUUGGAAAUCUCUGUGAGGACUUCGAAGAUCAGUCAUUAGAGGCAGUUUUAGAAGACCAAGAAGAGAAUGAUGAAGAGAAGGGUAAUAUGGCUAAAAGGUGUUCCAAAAAGAAGGGUAAGGAUUUGGAUCGUGAAGCAAGGAUGGCUCUUAUAAAACAACUUGCAAAGGCACGUGAACUUCGACAAAAAGUUGAAGAAAAUGGAGAUGAAAAACCCUUGUUGGAUGAUGUCAUUGAUAUGACUGUUAGUGAUAUUUGUAGUGUCAAGAGUUUUUCUACAACCACAAGCUCUAUAUCUCCUCGAGAUAUAAAAUUCCGUAUGCAAAAGAAUCUUGAGAGGAGAGAGAAAAAGCAAGUAUCUAAAAAAAACUUGAGAGUGAAAGGAGAAGCUAAUGCGUACAGACGCGCUAAAAAACAGAAUGAUGCAGCAAUAAAGGAAACAGCUGGUUGGGAUGAUUAUUAAACUUUUUGAGCAAUUUAAUUAUAUUGAUAAUAUUUCUUUCCCUACACGUGUUACAGUACUUUACCUGAUACAUUUUUAUAUGCAUGAAAUAGCAACUGUACCAGACUAUUAAAAAACAAACAAGAAAUCAGUACGACAAAACUAAAACAUGUAGAGAGUUGACCCACCUUAGACAUGAAUAGAGUCAACUCUCCAGUUCUGGUUGGAAGGCAACCAUUUUCAGGACCUUUUAACAAAAUAGACUUUUUCAUUCAUUCUUUGACAGUAUCAUGGUAGGUAGUUCACAGGGGGAUAGUGAAGAAAAAUACAUGGUAAGUAGGCUGCAUAUUUUACAAAAUAAAAAUGUAAUAUGAAAGCUUGUACCCGGUACUUCUUAAAUCCAGGGUUUCUGGUCUUCAUAUUGAGAUUUAUCUCUAACCCAGCAUCUUUGGUACUUAUUGUGUCUCCUCUGGAUGUGGAGCAACCCUCCUCUCUUACUUGUCGUCUCACGACUCCCCCUCUAAUGGCGCAGAUUAUAGGUAAAAUUGUUACAUAGUAAAAGAAAGCAUCAAAUUUGGCACACAUACUGUAAGCCUUAUGGGAUAAUACAGUAAUUGGAUUUAGAAAGGAUGCCACAAAAUUGAGCAACAGGAUGACUUUGAUAAUCUAGGUCAUGGUCAUGAACAUCAAAAAUGGCAAAAUUUUAAAAUAUUGAUUGAUUUCUUAUUGCUGUAAGCUGACAUAGGCAUCACCUUUGGUACCAUAACUUCUUUUAGCACAUUUUGCAUUUAACAGAGUUCCCUCUCUCCACCUGCAUUACUAGUUUCAGGCAAGAGAAGGCAUCGCCUAUCAGCCAAUCAAUAUCGGGUUUCCAAGAUGUGACGUCAGUAGCUCACAAUUUUUCCAUGAUUCAGGCCCCUUUGAGCUUAUUCUGGAGGACACUAGUACUCCUCACUCACUCCCACCAGAACUACUCUAUGCUCCCUCUCCACCCACCUUCAACAACCUGUGUGUGUGUGGAACUACUCAUGACUUCUCUGGCGCUCCAUCUCUUCCUUAUAUCUGCUAUGUUACGGCUCAGUGAUGUUUGUGUAUUUUACCUCUACCGUCUAAGUGACCUUUUUAGCCAUAUGUGCUACUUUUACCCUCUUGUGCAUCAUGACGGAAAUCGCGUCAAAUCAUUGGGUAGCACUCUUUGCAUUGGUGACACAAAUUACAGGAUAAUUGCCUUAAAUUUUUGUGCUUUAUAGAUUACUGCAUGAUCUUGUGAAGGAAGCUUCCAGAAAGUACCAAAGUGUGGUAUGGGUAGAGUUCCGCUGUUCAUCAGUUUCAUCUUGUCAGUCAUACUGGUAGGGCGAAUCAAAGUUCCAAAGCCACCGUUGGAAAGCUCAUAAAAUUCUACUUCUAUAACUAUGAUAAUACUUUGGCAGGUUUGAGAGAAGAUAUCUGAGGUAUGAUAUUGGGAACACAAAUACAGUACGAGUACUGUAAUUAUUUUUCUUUAUUCAGAAUGACAAAUUAUAAUCUGAUUGUCAUUUUUUCUGCAUAUGUUAAAGCUAAAACAAUAAUGAAGCUAAUGAUAUAUAAUUCAUGCAAAAGAAAAUUCUUGUUGGAUAAAUUGGCUGCAGAACAAAGAUGACCAGACUGCAUGUUAGUGGUCUUAUGUGACUUUUGUCGUGGUCACGGAAAAUUGAAAACUUAUUGCAUAUGUGAGAGGGUUAAAACUUAGGUGAUCCUAUUGUACUCCCAUUAUGCAACUUAUUGUAUGUGCUCCUGCCAGUAAACAGUUAUCAUUAUGCCUCAUUUGUUAGUAAUAUCUGGUCCGAAACUUUCUUAUGUUUUUUAUGUGUGCCAUUAUAUGGGACCACUGCAGUGUUCUUCUUCUUGUAUCAUCAUUUACUCCUUUAAAUUCUUGUGCUUUUGACUGUACUUGGUGUAGGAUGCAUUUUGUCAUGAUCCAGCCUAUCCAGUUGAUGUAAUUUGUGCAGAAUAUUAGUGCUAAGAUUAAUUAUAAGAAAAUAACCGUU